UAAUUGAUUAUUUGUUAAAUAUUGAUUAUGAAUUUAUUAGUUGUUAAAUAUUGUUUAUGAAUUGAAAGAAGUUGAUUGGUAAUGAAUUAUUAUGUUGUUAACACUUUGUUUGGAUGAUUGUUAUGUAUUGUUUUGACAUUUAUCGUAUUGUGUUGUAUUGUAUAGGACCAAAUCAGUGGUUACAUAAAAUUAGACCUUUCGUCGUUACAUAACAAUAAAAUUAAAGUAACAAUCAAAGCAAGCAUUGUAUUUAAACUAACAACAUAAUAUAAUACAAAUAGGUAACAACCAUCCAAACAAGUUGUAAAUGAUUAUGAAUUGUUAAUCUAUAUAAUUUUAAAAGCGUGAAUAUAUAUAUGUUAAAUAAAAAAGAUUAUCUUAAAAAGAAUAGUUAAAGUUCUUCUUUUCAUAAAUACAUAAGCUAACGAAAAAAAUGUAAAGUUUGUAGGAAAAUAUGUGGUCGACGAAUAUACUCUUUUAGUUUAAUUUUAUCGUAGUUGUGUUCGCUAUUUAGUCAACUAAAAAUAUAUCACAUAUUCAAAAUAGAGUUCCAAACAGAUAUUACUGCUGAAUUUCGAUUCCCAAACUAAUUAACUUAACAAGUCUUUGCCAUCACAUAAUUCAAAAGUAAUUAACUUAAAAAUCUUUUCCAUCACAUAUGUGUCCUUACUAUCACAUAUUAAAUUUACUGCAUAUCCCAUGUUAAUUAUUCACAAGAUAUAAUACUACAUAACUCACAUAUUCCCUACAAAUUAUUAAUUAGUUAAUAUAAUUUAUCUUCCAUUUCAAGAAUAAUGACUAAUUUAGUUUGUACAGACCGGACUCUUUCAUGGAUACGAAUGUUCCCCCGGGCCCGAUGUUCCCCGGCGCUCGAUGCUCACCCGGGGCCCGAUGAUCACCCGGGGCCCGAUGAUAGAUCAGUAUUGUCUUUGCAAGACAAUCAUAGGUCAGAGUUAUUAUGGGCCGGUACUAUAGGGAUAUCUACUAGGCUCCAUCCCUGUAGGCUGCAGAGAGCGUGGGCUCUUUUACGCGAGCACCCCCCACACCCUAGCGUGUUGGAGAUAUUGUUUCGGGCGGCAUCUACCGUUGCGUGUCCGUUGGUCGGGUACAACAUGAUUGGGUGUUUAUCACGGCCAUAGUUAAGCGGUGGAGGCUAGAGACACGUACCUUCCACCUUCGCACUGGUGAGACCACGAUUACACAUCAGGAUGUGGAGGUCCUCUUUGGAUUGCGGGUAGAUGGAGAGCCACUACACACUCGGUACGAGCCUCCUCCUGGUCAGACGUGUGCGACAGAGUUGACUAGGCUCACCCACUUCGUGCCUGAUGUCGAGGGCCAGAUUUCGGGACAGAGUCGGGUUAAGAUUAGUGCACUCUGCACUUAUUUGGAGGGUCUGGAUUCGGUUGGCGACGGUACUCGCAGGACGAUGUUGAUCGUCAUGCCCGUUUGUACCUGCUUAUUAUAUUCGGGGGCCUUUUGUUCCCGAACUCAUCGGGUGCUUUUGUCAGCUUACGUUAUUUGGUUUUCUUGGAGCAUCUGGACUGCCUGGGAGACUACAGUUGGAGUGGUGCUGUUUUGGCGUAUCUUUACAGAUGCAUGUGCCGAGCGUCUGUUGGUGUUGUCAGAGAUGUGUUUGGAUUUUUUGCUCUUCUCCAGUUAUGGGCGUGGGAGAGGAUGCUGCCUUUUCAGCCCGUACCUAGGCAUCAACUCGAGAUUGACAUGCCUUAUGCGAGGAAGUGGACAGCGGGUUUUGAUCGAGAUGUGGAUACGCACCACAGUAUUCUUCCAUUCCGGGACCAGCUUGAUCACAUGACGGACGAUGCGAUGGUUUGCCGCCCUUCUGUAGAGCAGGUCAGGGGGUUUGGAGGUCGCGGUGUCCAUUGAUACACCUGGACAUCGUAGAGGAUCACAUACUCGAGCGUGUCUUACGAUAGUUUGGGCAUACACAGAGUAUACCCCCUGACGUCCGUCAUGAGCUCCGACACUACCAGCGGGACGAUCGGGCUGCCGUUGAUGAUGAUUUUCUGGCUUUCAUGGAUGUCCAGCUCCACCGUUGGGAGAACAGGUUGGGCACUUUAGCGGUGGUCGGCCAUUUGACUCCCAUUGAGCAUUACAUGCGCUGGUAUCAUCAGAUCAUACGCUGAUUGAUCGGUAACCCAGCUUUGCGUCCCCUUAGGGAUGUAGGAUACUCAGCACUCGCGGGGCAGUACGAGGCAUUGCUGGUAAGCGUACAACGUUUACACAUCUUGGGGUUAGAGCAUAUGACUUACCCUGGGCUUGCAGGGCUUGCGGCGGAGAUGGUACGGAUAUCCGAGGAUGGUAUCCAGCAGGCAGGCGAUAUUAGGCGCAGGGAGGAGCCUGUUCCGGAGGCUGAGUAUCAAGCAGCGCCAGGAGGAGGACCGGAUGCUCCCAGAGGAGGAGGCCGUGCUGGCAGAGGACGCCGUGCUGCCGAAGGACGCUAUGCGCGUAGAGGACGCGGUGCUACUGCUAGAGGACCUGGUGGUGGAGGACACCAUCUGGUAGAUGAGGCGGAUGAGGCCGAUCCCAUUCCAGAGGGCGUUCAUGGUCUAGUCCAUCUGCAGCCGUUCCAGGCCGGUGGCAGCUCACCUGGGGACUCACCUACGUUUACGUCGACGCUCUUACUUGCUGAGAUACCCGGGUCUUUAUCACAGCCAAGCCAGAGUGCAUACAUGGAGAAGCGUGAUAACGUUGAUUGGGUGGCGUUACGCGCUUCAUUAGCUAAUGAGCGGCCUGUGAGGAAUUUAGAGGGAGCCAGGAUUCUUGACUUUGAUGAGUUUUUGAUCCCGGAUUCGGCGCCAGCGGGUCCACCAGAGCCACCCACUCAGGCAUUUUCUCAUGGGUCUGCUGAGCCAGCGAUGUCUUCCCAUAUGACUACCGAGCCACAGGAUUCGGCGCCAGUGGGUCCACAGGAGCUACCCAUUCAGGAGCAUUCUCAUCAGCUUGCCGAGGCAGAGGUGUCUUCUCAUGAGACUACCGAGGCGCAUAAGACUACCUCACCACACCCAUCUCAGGAGCCUACUCAGGCGCCCAUUGGCAUACAGGUUCAUCCUUCGGCGCUCGCGGUGGCAACUCCUGACGAGUUAGAAGUCGAGUUUCCAGACCUAGCUCAGCCUGAGGUUCUGAGCCUGCCAGCGGGACUAGAUCCCAAGAGGAAACACGUUCUAGUUAAGGGCGCAAGGGUUAGGGGAAGAUGAGAUGAUCAUGACUUGGAGCGCCUGGUUAUUAAGAGGAAAAAGGGCGAUGGAGACGAUGGCGAGGGCGGUGGGGAUGGUAUGAGCCUUAGGCCUAGGGAUAGUCUCCAGCAUACUACAUGUGGGACCCAUCCUCGAUAGUGUAUAUAUA